AUGUCAUCAAUGUCAAUGAUAGGCGGUGCCAUAUUGGUGGUGCUGAUAGCCGGCUACAUUGCACGACAAUAUGGUUUACCACCUCCGCCACCGAAAAUCGCUGGCAUUGACUUAGGCACCACUUUUUCGUCGAUAGGUAUUUAUCAUGCUGUUACCGGUGUAACGACCAUUUUACCUGAUGAGAUUGGAAAGUUGUCCGUUCCGAGCGUAGUGGCAUUUUUGCCGAAUGGAACAGUAAUUGUUGGAACUCGUGCCGUAGAACAACAAGAAAAAAAUCCCCAAAGAACUAUAUAUGAUGCCAAACGUUUUAUUGGGCGUACAUUUGAAAAGGACAACGAAAAUUUUUUGACCGAUCAAAAGCGAUAUCCUUUUACUAUCAAGCUGGAUGAAACUGGACACGCAUUUUUCGAAGUUCCAUUGGAUAGCGGAGUUAAGGUUUUAUAUCCGCAGGAUGUUGGAUCCAUUAUUAUUUCGUAUUUGAAGAAAUCUGCUGAAAAACAGUUAAAAACGCCGCUGAAGCAAGUUGUCAUAUCUGUGCCGGCUGAGUUCGGUGAAAACCAGCGCAAUGUCACAGGGAAGGCAGCGGAAUUAGCAGGCAUGGAGGUGCGUCGGAUCAUUUCUGAACCUACCGCUGCAUCUCUGGCUUAUGGUCUACACAAGAAGAAGGGCGUUGAGAGCGUUGUAGUAAUAGAUCUCGGAGGAGGAACACUCGAUGUGUCUGUCCUCUGGCUCCAAGGAGGUACUUUCGUCACGCAAGCCAUGGCCGGUAACAACCGAUUGGGAGGACAAGAUUUCAAUGAUCGUGUCCAGAAGCACAUUUUGUCUGUGCUGCAAAAGAAAUUCGGCAAGACGAUAAGCGACAAGGAGGAUUUGCAGCAGAUUCGUCUUGAAAUUGAGAAGGCAAAACUCAGGCUUACUACUCACCCAACGGCUAAAAUGGAGUUCAACCUCAAGGAAAUAGGAAACUGGCACCAUCAGCUGCGUCGUGAUGAGUUCGAGGAGUUGAAUGCGGAUUUGUUCAAGUCCAUAGAACAGCCUAUUGAAGCGGCGCUAGCGGACGCGAACCUCCAACCGUCAGAGGUAGCAGCUAUGGAACUCCCAACGAAGCGGCGAAAACGACAUUUCUACACCGAAGAACAGAAGGUGAACGAGAAAGAGAUGAGUGUGUAA